AUGAACGUCUCUAUUCCGGACAUCGCCUGCUAUUAUCCCAAACGAGACGUGGUCGUGCCGCCCUUGCUGACUCAGACACACGUCAUCCCCCCCAAGGGCAUACCCACCACGGCUUCUGAGACUUCUGCUCCCAUCUCUGCUUCUGCUGCUGCUGAUUCUGCUGCUGAUGAUACAGCUGAUGCUGCCACCUAUGGCGGUCGUACGAUCCGUGUGCUGUUGGUGACGUCAGCGAGCAGCAUUGCUGACGCGAGCAGCGACAGCAUCAAGGUUGAACGCAUGCACCAUAACUACGCGGUGGAGAAGUGGUUGAUCGAGCUAUACACGUCCCAUGCAGCAGCCAUUUACGGGUGGAAGGUGGUGUUUCGAGGCGACAGCGAGGAGGCUGGGGGGGUCCGAGGGGAUGCCUCGGAAAUCCCUGCCACUGCUGCUGCUGCUGGUGCUGGUGCUAGCGCUGCUGCUGGCGAUAGUGCCGGUGGUGCUGAUGGUGGUGGUGGUGGUGGUGCCGCUGCUGCUGGCGAUAGUGCUGGUGGUGGUGCUUCUGCUGCUGGUGCUGGUGCAGCUGCUGCUGCUGCUGCUGGCGGUGCAGCUGGUGACAACAGCGAGUGGGGCGAAAGUGUCUUCUGCCUCGUGCCUCCCAGUCGGGCGCAGUGGACCGUGCAGCUCGCCAAGACGCCUCAAGACUUGUCGUCUGCCUCGUGCCCCCCGGUGGGGCACAAUGGACUGUCCAGCUCACCAAGUGGGUUUGUCUCUCAUCAUCCCCACUCCCCCCUCCCCACUCCCCCCUCCCCACUCCUCCCUCCCCACUCCCCACUUCCAACUCCCCACUCCCUACUUCCCACUCCCGUGACAUUCUUCCAUCCCAACAAUCUCACCCUCCCUCCCUCCCUCGCUCCCUCCCUCCCCCCCUCCAUCCCUCCCUCCCUCCCUCCCUCCCUCCCUCCCUCCCUCCCUCCCUCCCUCCCUCCCUCCCUCCCUCGCUCCCUCCCUCCCCCCCUCCAUCCCUCCCUCCCUCCCUCCCUCCCUCCCUCCCUCCCUCCCUCCCUCCCUCCCUCCCUCCCUCCCUCGCUCCCUCCCUCCCUCCCUCCCUCCCUCCCUCCCUCCCUCCCUCCCUCCCUCCCUCCCUCCCUCCCUCCCUCGCUCCCUCCCUCCCUCCCUCCCUCCCUCCCUCCCUCCCUCCCUCCCUCCCUCCCUCCCUCCCUCCCUCUCUCCCUCCCUCCCUCCCUCCCUCCCUCCCUCCCUCCCUCCCUCCCUCCCUCCCUCCCUCCCUCCCUCCCUCCCUCCCUCCCUCCCUCACCCGCCCAGGCAAUCCUCUCAGGCUGCAUCCCAGUGACGUUCCUCCGUGCCAACGACAACCCCUGGGCUGCAUCCCUCCACCACCAAAAAGCAGCACCAUCAUCCGCCACUGCCACUGCCCCUGCCUCUGCCGCACCCACCGCCCCCUCCUCUCUCAACUACCCGCUCUUCUCGCUCAACGUCGACCCGGCGGAUCUCCACUCGCUCCCCCGCAGGCUGCAGGACGCGUUUGACCAGCCGGGGCUCGUCGCCAGGCUGCAGCACAACCUGGGGCUCGUGCAGGUGGGGCUCGUGCAGGUGGGCACUGGGGUGAGAGUGGAGAGUGCUGCCCCCUCGGCCGCCUCUCCCCCCUCGGCCGCCUCUCCCCCCGCGGCCGCCUCUCCCCCCGCGGCCGAAUCUCCCCCCUCGGCCCUCAACUACCCGGUGUUCUCGCUCAACGUCGACCCGGCGGAUCUCCACUCACUGCCCCACCGCCUGCAGGUGGGGAUUGUGGCAGGUGGGACUGGGGCAGGUGAGACUGGGGCAGGUGAGACUGGCGCAGGUGGGACUGGCGCAGGUGGGACUGGCGCAGGUGGGACUGGCGCAGGUGGGACUGGUGCAGGUGGGACUGGCGCAGGUGGGACUGGCGCAGGUGGGACUGGCGCAGGUGGGACUAGUGCAGGCGGGACUGGGGCAGGUGGGACUAGUGCAGGUGGGACUGGAGCAGGUGGGACUGGGGCAGGUGGGACUGGGGCAGGUGGGACUGGGGCAGCCAUGCCCAUCCCACAGGACAUGUUCAAGCGGCAUGAGUCCCUGGACCAGGGGGCAGGGGCGGACAUGUUCAAGUGGCAUGGGUCCCUGGACCAGGGGGCAGGGGCGGUGCUCAUUCCCCUUUCCGUGUUCCCCAUGAGCAGGGGCGGUGCUCAUUCCCCUUUCCGUGUUCCCCAUGAGCAGGGGCGGGGCGGUGCUCAUUCCCCUUUCUGUGUUCCCCAUGAGCAGGGGCGGUGCUCAUUCCCCUUUCCGUGGGCGGUGCUCAUUCCCCUUUCCGUGUUCCCCAUGAGCAGGGGCGGUGCUCAUUCCCCUUUCCGUGUUCCCCAUGAGCAGGGGCGGGGCGGUGCUCAUGAGCAGGCUGAGGAGGAUUGGAGCAGUGGCGCAAUAGCAGCUCACCACUCCUCACUCCUAAUCUCCCUUCUCUGCACGUUCUUGCCACAGGACAUGUUCAAGUGGCAUGAUUCCUUGGACCAGGGGGCAGGGGCGGUGCUCAUGAGCAGGCUGAGGAGGAUUGGAGCAGCAGCAGCGGCACAGAUCACGGCAGCAUGA